AUUCGCAGACUUUUCAAAAUCCUGCAAUAUACCGUGAUAGUGACAAGACAAAUAGACAUAAUGACAGUUGACGGGACACAGAGACUGCAUUGGACACAACGCGUGGCGCUUGUCAGGCACAAUCUCCAUUCAGCUCGAAGGACUAUGGACUUCACAUUCUUCAAAACCCUGCAAGCCCAUGCUCUUAUAGACGGAACCGACCACGUAGCGAUCCUUUACACGGUCCUGGGGAAUGACGCGGACUCAGUCCUCUCUACACUGGACAACCUCAACGCUGGCAUCGCAUACGUCCACCAAGAUGCGUUCAAAGCAGUCUACGACAGCGCCAAAUCGACCAUGUACAAACCCGACACCACCGACUCCAGCAGGCGGUCCCUCAUCCGCGUCGACGUCUCGCAACAACGUGACCUGGCCGACCACGCCAUCGACAAGACCGCAAACUCAGCCAUCCAGCUCAUCCAAGCCCAACCCCCGCAGUGUCAAGACGCCGUCGCCAACGCCUGGAUCACGGGGACCACCAUCAUCGCCGACUCCAUCUCCGUCUGCCUAACCCAAAUGGAAUCCAUGGAAGACAACCUCGACGACUUCAUCCGCCUCGAAUACGCCUGGUCCAGCAUCCAGACCUCCGUCGACGCCGCCGUCUCCGCCCUCCGCGGCAUUUUCAGCCUCAUGGAACGCCCAAACAACACCCCCGCCGCCCUCUCCCCUCCCUCCCGCAACCUCAGCGUCUCCUCCGCAACGGGCUCAGACGGCCCCAGCAGCUUCCGCAGCAGGAACUCGUCCACCGCCUCCGCCUUCAGCCUCAUCAAACGCGCCUUCACCCACAACAACAAUAUGAUGCCACCCCCUGGACCCAAAUCCGGCCGCGCUGGCUCCCUCCCUCUCCCGGAUGUUAAUUCUCGCGGGUUGAGAGCUAGCAUGAGCGUCGCGUGUCCGACGCGCAUCUCAAACUACCCAGAGCAUUUCCCUACUCUACUAACUACCAUCCCGCCGACGCCUAGCGUCCACGAUUCUUCCAUCGCAGAUGCGGGUAUGAGCCCGUUCAAGGAAAAUGGAGAUUACUUUGCUUUCGACCUGGGCAAGGACGGGAAGGCUGCUGGGGAUCAGACGGCGUCGACGAACGAUGCCAUGCAGUUGGAAGAGAGUCUGGAUCCUUUGUGCACGCCUUCGGAUGCGGAGCUGCUCAAGUUACCUGUGCCGCUUACCUUGAGGCGGCUCUCGAAUGCUUUUGGGAAUACUUCGGCGCCGAUUACCGUGUAG